AGCUUUGAAGCGUAAACAGUUGUGUGAUUUAGGGAAAGCUUCGACACAAGCUUUGAAGCGUGAACAGUUGUGUUUGAAGUUUCGGGGAAGCUUUGACUACUGACGCGUUGCCGCUUUGUGUAAUAAAGCUCGUUGGCGUGCAGCAGAUAUGAUGGAAUUCCCUUUCGACGUGAACCAGCUCUUUCCUGACCGGGUAUCCGUGUUAGACCAGAAUCUUGUGGCAGGUCGUAGAUCAGUAGGAAGGCCAGAUCUCCAAGCCCAAAUAGCCAUGGUAAUUGAUGAACUUGGAAAGGCCUCAGCAAAGGCGCAACAGCUAACAGCACCAGUAACGAGCGCUUCCAAGUUGCAGUCCAACAGUCAUCUACUGUACCUGCUAAAGGAUGGGGAACGCAAUGGAGGACGAGGAGUAGUUGUGGGAUUUCUCAAGGUUGGCUACAAGAAGUUAUUUCUGCUUAAUCAGCAAGGUGUGCACGUGGAGGCGGAGCCACUGUGUGUUUUGGAUUUUUAUGUGAUGGAGAACCUGCAGCGACACGGCUACGGGCUGGCACUCUUUGAUUUCAUGCUGCAGCACAAGAAUGUCGAUCCUGUCAUCAUGGCUUAUGACAGGCCGUCGCCCAAAUUCCUGUCUUUCCUGGAAAAGCACUACUGCCUGACACAAAGUGUCCCUCAGGUCAACAAUUUUGUGGUAUUUGAAGGAUUCUUCAUCAGCAGAUUAGCAUCCCAGGUACGAAAGGUUCCCCAAAAAAGGCCAGAUGGAGAGAUCAAACCUUAUUCUUUGAUGGAAAGAGAAGCUGUGCAUCAGGAGCAGAGGGCUCUGCCCUGGCCGUUUGCACCUCCUCUGUCGCCCCAGCGGUCAGCAUCCUCCUUGUGCUCCCACCCUCUCAGUGUGAGGUCCUCCUUCAGCAGAGCGCCCCCCAGAGGUGCCUCAGCACCUGUCUGUGGGAACAGCAGAGAACACAGCCCAGAGUCUCCACAUAUCGACCGCUGCAGAGAAAGACGCACCAGCCAGCAUGGUCUGUGUGCCAGGAGCAGCUUGUACAGUCGCCACAUGGACAGCACAGCCAUUGGACUGUUGGGCAGACAGUUGUCAGAUCUGAGACCAGUAGAGGAUCAGUCAUACGCACUGGGACAUACAGACACACACAAGUUGCCCAAUAUCUACACACGACAAAGCAGGUCCCAGCAUCUUCUGCGUCUGCCUGCACCAAAGGACACCAUCUGCAGCCAGACCUCCUUAGACAGACCAGAAGCAGACCAGAAUCGAGGUGCUGAAGCCUGUCGGGAAAACACCAGGCUGCUGGAUAGUCCUGAAUGUCCAGCGGGACGCUCGCUGAGAACUUUCCAAGAAAAAGAGUCAGAUGGAAGUGUAAGAGGCUGGUCCUGGACUGUGGGGGACAACUGCGGCACUGCUCAGUGGGUGAGGCAAAAGCAGCUGUGCAGGAGCACCCGUCCCUGGUGAGGGUACCACAGGGGUCUGCGUGGCUUCAAGGUCCAUCAUAUCACUUUAUAAUUUUCAUUAAUUAUGUCCUGGAAUCAGGAUUCAAGGAUUUCGGUUUUGUCAGAAAGUGAUCAUGUG